AUGUACGCGCUGCAAGUUCUUCCCGUUCCUUUCGAAAGCGAUGUGUUCAAGAGCGCAGGGAGAGCCAACAAAUCACUGGAUUCGGCCCUUCACCAUCUCAAAUCCGUGGAUCCGGCGGAUGUCCAUCUCAAAGAACUCCUGUGGCCUGCCUUUGUCAUUGGCCCCGAGGCGCAAACCAUGUCUCAAAGGGCAGUCAUCACUGAUGUGCUAGAAAGUCUGUGGACACUGUGGCGCUGUCACAAUGUGACGAAUGCCUUGAAAGUGCUUGAGAAGAUCUGGGCCCGUCGAGCUACGGAAGGGUCAUCUCGACGCAACCAUCCCUACACAGGCACUCCACAUGCUCUGAACGAAUGUGUUCUGGCACCAUCGACGAGAGCUUUUUAG